AUGCACAAGCGCCUCCCGUCAGGUACUGCCCUCGUUGUUCUCAGAAGGCCGUGAAGGAAAGGCCUCCGUUUGGUGACACCUUUUCCCAUAACUCAUUGUGGCCUGUUUCUUCUUCAGAAACAAGAGCGGCUGUAUCUUCUUCUUCUUAUUAUUAUUAUUAUUAUUUUGAUAAAGUAAUAAUGAUAAGUAAAUAAAUAAUGCGCGCGCCUCGACCUCUUCCACGAAAUCCUUCCAUCGUAACUAUUCAACCUGCCAAAAAUUCCAACGCCUUUUUUGCCAUGGUUUGACCCCUUUCCGUUUUGACAAAGCCUGCAACUACAUUUGGUCGUUUGACAAUUGUCAAUUUCAAAAUCUGAAAAACUAAAUAAUUUUUUUUUAAAGUAUUCUACAAAUACUUUCCAUGUCUCCUCAAAAUCACCUCUCCUGCACAUUCCCCAUCUUAACAGCAUGUCAGUUUAUCAUCAAUAGCUAUAUCCCACACCUCUUUGUAUCAGUCUUCCAUUUUAUGUUUGGCGACUACAUCUUAAAUCUGCUCUCUCUCGAAGGAAGAGCUCCACCUGUUAAGUUGCAGCCUGCCAAACAGUUGUGAAAACGUGGCACCCAAACCCAGGCCAUGAGCGUAACCAGGAUUUUUGUUUGGAGGGAGGGCAGAACCUCAGGUUUUUAUUGAUUUUUGCCGAUUUUUUUUCUGCCCCCCCAUAACCCAGGCUGGAGCAAAAGUUAAGAAUCCUGCUGCUUUUAGGGUGACCAAAUGCAAAAGGGGCAGCUUUUCUCUUGCCUGCAUGUUAACAAGCUGCCCCUGUGAAAACCACCUCCUCUUCUGUGUUACCGAUAGUUGUUACAAAUAAAUUCCUAAGAUUGCUGUCUAUGUGUUAUUUCAGAUCUCUCAAAGCGCAACUGCAGGUGUCUGAAGUGUACAAAGGGAAAAGAAUGGUGCAUAUGUGUUAAAGUUCGCUACAUGCAGCAGUUUCAAUACAUCUCAGUAUCUCAUGUUGUUUUUAUGUAAUGAACUAGUCAGGAGGUUUUUUCUGCAGGGGGUAGGGUAAUCUAAAGGCACGAAAACAAUACAGAAAACAUUCCCUCUGUCAUUGGAAGUGGUGCUCUUUCGUUUGCGAUUUCACUACAGUUAACCAUAACCAAUGCGAACAUGACUAUCAAUAUAGCUGGUUGAUAAUAUGACAUUUUCAGUUCUCAUAGUUCUGCAGUUCAACACAUUUUUUAUGUUUUUCAGUUAGUUCAAAUAAAAAACUUUUCAGCAGAAUCCCCUUUGAUUUAAAUGGAAGCACAAUUAAUCUAGCUGCAUUUUUUAUAAAAAGCCAUGGCAAUUCUAAGAACUGCAGCUACAUAGGAUUGUUGACAUAGCAGUUUCUGCCUAUGAAGCAAGGAUUUCUUGCAACCACAAAGUGGUUUAUUCUAACACUAGAAUUUAUACUUCGGUGGUAUUAGUAUGAAACUACGUACUGUAGCUAAUCCCUCCUCAAAACCCAAAGAUUCCAUGUUGUUUAUGGUUUAUCCCUUUAAAUCCUAAUCUACAAGUGUAACCAAACUAUAAGCACAUGGAGCUGAAUUUGCUUUCACUCUUCUAUAAAACAUAACUUUAAUCUGCAAUCAACAGUUCAAAAAGUGGUCUGAGACUACAUGUUUUAAGACCUUUCCCAAAAUUACUAACUUUUAAUAAAUUGUUCAAUAGUGCUCCAAAUGAGAUUUUUCUAUAUUAUGAAUUAUACCGGUAAUUACACUCUCGUCUCUCUCUCCUCCCUCUGCUGCUUUCCUGUUGUUGUCGUUAUAUUGUAAUGGUAAACUCAUUGGAGACAGGGAGCUUGCAUAUGGAACUUUAAGUCACACUGCUGGCAGUGAAUAAAUAUUAACAACAACAAUUUAAUCCUUUAGUUUAAUUUAACCCUGAUUCUCCUGGAAAAUGUUUGAAUUCAUAAAAAAGCAAGGUAAUGAAAAGUUGCCCUUUUAAUUAUUUCCAAACCUUAUAACUGCUGAACAAUUGUUGCACAAAUUGCAACGUGACAACGCUGAACGCAUGACACUUGUUUAAUAGUAAAAGGAGUUAACUGGCUUUCAGUUCAACAUGACUACUGGCCUGGCUCCCCCCCCAUAUUCCUCAGAGCUGCCAAGUGUUCCAGAGGACUAAAAGGCAACAUGCCAGAGCUCUGCAGGGGAAGUGUGCAAGAGGACACGUACAGGACACAAACAUCUAGGUACAAAGCAUUCAUCCUGACUGCUCUGCUACCAGAAACUGCGGCUUUCCAGAUGUUGUUGGACUAACUCCUAUAAUCACGUACCAUUGGCUAUGUUGAGGGGAGCUGAUGGUAGCUGGAAACCAACAGCAUCUGGAAGGCCACAGGUUUCCUAACCCAUAUUUUAAGACCUAAACAUCUGGAACCCAUGGUACUUGAGGCCUCUCAUAUUUGCCUGCCCAGCAAUUCAGAUCUUCUUUAGAAACCCUUCUCAGGGUGCCCACAAAUAAUGUGCCACUGUCGACCUGUAAUACUUUGGAUUUAAAUUGGUUCUAAUAUUUAUGUCUUUUUUAAAAUCUGGUUGUUGUUUGCCAGUUAGUGGCUCAGUCAGUACAGCAUGAGACUCUUAAUCUCAGGGUUGUGGGUUCAAGCCCUAGAAUGCAAAAGAUUCCUGCAUUCCAGUUCUGUAAUUCUAUGAAAGAGACCCUUGGAUCGUAAGGGAUGAAGAGCGGUCUAGAAAUACAAUCAGUCAGUCAAUCAAAAUAAAUAAAAAAGCAGCAUCUUAGUUGUGAAGUUUCAGCUUUAGACCUCUCUUCGCUUUUCAGUUAAGCAGGCCCACAUCCUCAUUACUUUUAGGUGACCUUUUAAACUCUCUCUAGCAUUUAAUGAAAAUUGAUUUUGCUGUUGUUGCAGACUGAGGCUGUGGUUCUAAACACAUUUAGUAGGGAAUAAUGAGCCCCACUGAUCACAGCAGGACUCACUUCUGAAUAAACACAGAUGUAUCUAGCAAGCAUUGUCCCACACUUUCCAGUGCACUUUCCUUAUUGGAAGGAGUCUGAGCUUUUGGGGGAAGCAGUUACAAAUCAGCUUUAAAGAGUUAUAAAUCAGCUUUAAUUGUGCAGCCUUAAUUUGCCAAUAUGGAAUUGACUCCCACUCGAAAAUAGUGACAGUCUGGGAUCCCUCUUUGACUGAAAGGCAAACUUGAACUAUUUUAAUAAAUAAUGGAUAGAUAAUUACCCAACUGAGACUUAAUCUGUCCUUUGAGGGAGCCCUGGGGAUUGGUUCUAUGAGGAGGUCUAAGGAUUUCUGACAAAAUUCUCAGAGCUUCUAACCAAACUGAACUUUUUCAAGAUACUUCUCGGGAAGCUAUGGCAGUUCCACCAAUGCAAAAAUAAUAUGGAGCAGUAGUCAAUUAAGUUUUACUCGAAGUAGAUCCAUUGAAAUUAAUGGGCCUAACUUAGUCAUGUUCAUUAACUUCAGUAGGCCUUUGCUGAGUAAAACUUAGUUGAAUACUAACCAUAGAUUUUUAGUGUAGGCAUUCUUUAAGAUGAAGGCCAUAAGGUGGAUCUAAGAUUUAUUUAUAUGUUUAUCCUGUCCUUUCUUUAAGGCAUCAUAGAUGGUUUACUCACACACACACAUUUUGUCCACAGCAGCCCUGUAAUGUGGCUGAAAGGUAGCGACUAGCCUAAGAGUCAAAUGACUGAUAUGCUUGCUUUAUUGGAUCUGUUUCCAGGCUCAAGCUCAGCAGCUUCCAAGAAAUGUGACUUUGUAGAUCACGUUUCUAUGAUGUUUCUUCGUCAUGGUGCACUUGACUUGAGUACAAAAACUUUUCCCCUAGUUGGGUCUAUCUAGAAGUGGCACAUGGUACGUUGAUCCCGAGGUAAGGUGUUUUUGUUUUGUUUUUCAUUUCAUGUAGGUCAGUUUUUCUCAAAAUGUGCAACCUUUAACUCUGCUACACGGUGUUUAGUUUAACAUUUAACAUGCACUUUCAGAAUUAUUCAUUGCUGUUUUCACCAUGGUUAAAAGAAAAAGAAAGUGAAAUGAAGGAAACCAGUUGACACCAAAAUGGAAAGCUGUUCCUAUCUCUGUGACAGAAAACUGUCAUUAUGUUUGGCUAAAUUAAUAAUAUUGUUGCAUUCGACAAGAUUCCAGAGCAAAUGGGAAUUUUUAUGGCAAUAAUUGAUUCUUAAUUGUUUGUGCUAGGUGUACGUGGCCCUUUAGCAAAUUACUCUGUAGUUGUAUUCUGCAGUAUUUUAUUAUACUGGAAUAAUAUUUAUUUCUGACAUAUUUUAGAUUAUUGUUUUAAUGAUUGAUUGCCACCCUGUGCUCUAGUCUAGAAGAAAGGAUGGGGUAAAAAAGAAAAAGAGCCUUCCCAACUUUAAAUAUGAUUGGCAAAGUGCUAGAGAGUGAUAACUAUUUCUCAAUAUUUAUCUACUUAUUGCAUUUAUAGCCCACCUUUUUCUGCAAGGAGCUCAAGGUGGUGUACAUUGUUCGUGCCCUCCUCAUUUAAUUCCCACAACAGCACUGUGAGGUAGAUAAUAAUAAUAAUAAUAAUAAUAAUAAUAAUAAUAAUAAAUAUUUAUACCCUGCCCACAGAGGCAGUGACUGGUCCAGGAUCACCCAGAGAUUUGAAGCCUGGGCUUCCAGGUCCUAGUCCGAAACUCUAACCACUAUGCCACACUGGUAUUAAAUAAGUUAAUUCACUACCAGUUAGUUUCCUGGCCCAAUUUAGAGUGCUGUUUUUGACCAAUAAAGACUUAGGCAUCUCAUGACCCCAGUACCUCAAGGACUUCUUCUCCUCAUAGGAAUUGAAGCGGACCCUGCAAUCAAGCCUUUCUUCAUGUGCCUCAUCCCCAGGAAUCCCGGUGAGUGGCAACACAAAAACAGGCCUUUUCAGUGGUAGCUCCCCAUUUGUGGAAUGCUCUCCCUGGGGAGGCUUACUUGGCACCAUUGUUUGAUAUCUUCAGGCACCAGAUGUAAGCAGAUUGAAAUGCUACAUUAAAAAACAUGUUGUUUAGGGUCGCCAUAUUUCAAACAGUGAAAAUCGGGACAGAAAAGUUUUUUGGGCAAAGUUUUUGAGCUUUUUUUAGUUUUUCCAAAAGUUGUUACUGUUUUUGAACUGUUUUAAUGAAACGGCACUGCCAACAUGGACUGCCAAAUUUUUCCAGACAUUUGACCGAUUUCCGCUCAGACGCUGCUGCCAAAUUCUGUAUUCAGGAUAUAUGGCAACCCAUUGUUAAUAGUAGGGUUAUAGAAAUUAAUAAAUGCUAGGAUUUUGGUUAUUUGUAGUAUGAAGGGAGAAUGCAAGCUGCAAAGGAAUUCCUGGGCUGGCUUAUGCCAACCAGCCUGGCUGGCUGGGGGAAGAGCAGGCUUGGUUGUUGUUGUUGUUUAGUCAUGUCCGACUCUUCCUGACCCCAUGGACCAGAGCCCACAGGCAUUCCUGUCUUCCACUGCCUCCUGCAGUUUGGUCAAACUCAUGUUAGUAGCUUCAAGAACAGGCCUGUUAACAGCAGGCCUGUUAGCAUUACAAAAAGGUCUUGAUGAGCCACAGAAGGAUCCUUUGGCCUGGCGAGUCAGAAGUCACAAAGGUUGCUGGGGUAACUAUGUUUGAGGGGACAGGAAAAGGGGAGUGUUGAAGCAGGGGCUUCCGGGCAGAAGGAGGAGGAAGUAAGGUUGAGAUCCAUCUUGGCAGGGAAAGAGAAAAGGUUACCUGCAAUGCUAUGGGCCAUGCUGUAAGAUCUGGACUCCCUCCAUGCAGAACUGAAGAUUUAAAUAGGUGAAGAAACCAUAUUUCUUAAAGCAUGACCGUCUCUGCCAUGUCUUCUAUUAUCCAAAGGGAUACAGACCCUGUAUAUGUAUGCCUGUUACCCCUCAUGCUCUUGCCACUGCUUGGCAGAGAGAGGGGCAGGCACUGGGCUUUUGUAACAGUAUUAUGAACAGGACAUUUAAAAAUGAAAUAAAAUUACUUCAGUGGCAGGAAUCCUAAGUAAAUGGAAUUAUUUUAGAAACCCCUGGGGGAAAGAGGUAAAAUCAGGCCCCACAUGUCACAUUUUUGGAAUUAAAAUUGACUGUCAUUGUAAGAGGGUUAGAAUAAUUCUUGGCUGACCCCAGCAAGGCUUGUGAUUCUCCUAGACGGUUUGGGACUGCUUAUCUUGGCAUCACCCACUGGUGUUAAGAGCGCCAUGCUAACUUCUUAAAAGUUCUGUCAGCCACAUCUACUCAAAUGGGCUGAUGAAGGAGUGUUAAUCUUCUAAAUACAGGGAAGCACUUGAGAUUUCCAAGAAUACAGCUGAUUAAUCAAAGAUCAUAGGCAAAAGAAAGAGAGAACCUUACACAGAACAAGUGAGAAAAUUUCAAUCUUUACUCCCAAAAGUACUCCACUUCUUCAGCCUAUAAGAGAAGGAAGUUGAAGAUGAAUGGGGGGGAAUCACAUAACUAAUCAUUCCAUGCAUGUUUGAAUGCAAAGAAACAAUUAAUUUUCCUUUAAUGUUAACCAAAAUUUUAGAGAUAUAGUGGGAAGGAGACAGCUACUGAAAUUAGGAUAGUUUGAUCUAGGUGCAAAGCUCACUCCCAACAUAGAUUUGCUGAGCAGCAAUGCCUCACAGCAUCAUGGCUUCGCUAUGAAGGAAAAUGAAGUGCUGAAAAAUACAUGUCAAACCAAAGGUGUUAGCAAAUACUAUUUCUAAUUUAGAGCACUGGUAUGCAGCUUAGACAAUCCACAUCCCUUCAGAAAUGCAGAGCCCUUUAUUAGAUGUUUCAAACUUCUGUAUUAUCUCCUUGAUGUGUACCAGUCUUGAUGUGUAAUUUCAUCAGUGAAAAGUGGUAUCAAGAGUACCUGGCAGAAUAAAUUUUAAAAUGGUGGAUUGUAACAUAUCUGCACUAUACUUUCAAAAAAGGAUCUUGCCACUUUAAACAGCCAUGGCUCCCACCAAGGAAUCCUGGGAACUGUAGUUUGUCAAGGAUGCUGAGAGUUGUUAGGGGAUCCCCUAUUCCAGUCACAGAAUUACAGUUCCCAGAGUGUUUUUCUAAUCAAGCCUUCUUCCCAGGAACUCUGGGAAUUGUAGCUUUUUGAGGGAAAUAGGGGUCUCCCAGCAAUUCUAAGCACCUUUAACAAACUACAAUUCCCAUUAUUCUUAGGGGGAAGCCAUGGCUGCUUAAAGUAUGAUACUGCUUUAAACCUUUUAGUACAGAUGUGGUCUUGAUCUCCCUGUCCCUGUCACACAACCUGAAUAAUGAUGGAACCUGUAUCAAGGAAGGAAAACAAAGCAUGCACAUAUGAUUCCUCCCUUUUUCUGAGCACAGCCAUGUUUCUGGCAAUUUACUGCUGGAGACAUCAGUGUUUGUUUAUUGCAUUUAUCAAUCAGCCUUCCUACAAACGGAGCCCAGGGCAAUAUACAACAAAAGAUAAAAUAUCAAAAUACAUCAGUAGAUAAAAUGAAUGAAUGCAUGAAUGAAAUGAAUCUAACUUAGUGAGUUAGAGGUCAUAAUCCUGGGAUUUGGGGGGAUGUGACAGGUUAUGUGGAGUAGCCCGCAGCUCAGAACCAUAAUCUCCCCUGCUCUGUUGGACUCAGCUGCUAAAGCAGGUUGGGCCCCUUUAAUGGACGAGGCUGCUCCCAUGGAAGGCAGAGCUAGAGCUGUACCAACUCUUUAAGGCUCAGUCUGCCGUUGACCUCUGUCAAAACAAAAUUCAAGCUUUGCUCUUCUUGAGUUGCUAAGCUGAUCAUUGCCUGGAGCUGUCCAGGGUGCCAAGCCUCACCUCAGACCUUUAUCUCAUCUUGCUGUUUGUCCAAAUCUGAAGUUUCACCUCGGGUCAGAAACUGUACUGCCAAGGCCAUUGCUUGAGACAGAUCCCUGCUUGAGCAGUCAGGUAUCAGAGCAUACACAGAGUUCAUUGAAGAAGAAAGGUUCUGAGAGAAACCAUAUUGGGGCUCAUAACUGGAUGUUUCCAAGAAGACAACACUGAAAGUGAAGUUUCACAUAUUUGUGGGAAACUAAGACAUUUACACGUGUGUGUGUGUGAUUGUGUAUUGCCCAAGAGAUGUAUGUAUUCGACAUACGUACAUAGGCAUGUGGAAGUAUCACAUGUAUGCAACACUCCAAAAGUUAUUUUCCUCAGUAUCACUCAGAAGUAAAGAGGGCAACACAAAGCAAAAAUUAGUUAUGAGUUAAAAUUAUACAAGCAUGCACUCUGAGGCUUCCUAUUUUUAUCCUGACUCUAUAUGAAGGGUUUUCCCAUGUACUUUUAAUGAAACAUUGUGACAUGACACAUUUCUUCCCUUGUGAUGUGCUGUUUGGCCUGCCAACUUCCAUGACAGAAAAGAUUAGCGAGAAUGCUGUGGAAUUUAUUUAUUUUUAACUUUGCCUGAACAUUCUUGCUGGUUUAUAAUUGGAAGGGGGGGAAAACCCUUUCUUCUAAGAGUUGAAACUCAGGAAGUAUGUGCAAUUGAACAAUGAUAAUACUUCCUCCAUAAGCAGGACCUGAGCACAAUAGGAAGCUAUCGUAUUCUGAGACAGACCAUUGGGUACAUCUUGCUCAGCAUUGUCUACACCAGGUUUCCCAAACUUGGGUCUCCAGCUGUUUUUGGACUACAACGCACAUCAUCCUUAGCUAUCAGGACAAGUGGUCAAGGAUGAUGGGAACUGUAGUCCAAAAACAGCUGGAGACUCAAGUCUGGGAGAAAUCCUGGUCUACACUAACUGGCAAAAGUUCUUCAGGGUUUCAGGCAAAAGUCUCUCUGGACAUCUGGAGAUGUCAGGGACUCAACCUGGGACCUUCUGUGUGAAAACCAGGUGCUCGUGCCAAUGAGCUACAGUCCUUCUAGAUAGCAAUGGCAGUAUCCUGCUCAUGUUUCUCUGCAACUGGCAACCAGAAGCAUAACACCUCCACUAUUGACGUCAGGACACAGACUUCAAAACUAAAAGUAGCCUUCUUUUCCACAUGAGUUACCUCACCACAGGCAGGAAGACACAUACAUGACUUUGAUCAACAGCCCUGAAAAACUAUACUUAGUGUCUUGAGAUUGUUGUAUGAGGGUCUUCACCCUAAGCAGUUCUUACAGUUCUUGAAUUUUUGUUGUUCUUUGAAGCUUUGCCUUCCAAACCCCGCAAAGAAGUUCCUGUGGGUCAUUCCCCAUGAAAAAAUUAUGAUAUAUUGUAUCUUACCUGUGUUUUUAUUAUCUACAUUUAAAACAAUAAAUUAAAACAAACUCAAAACAACAGCAGAAGCAUCAGUGAAAGAAAGACCAAGGCUAAACCUAGCAUGAAAUAGGCACAUUACUCUUCCCAAGUAAUUUCUCCCCCAAUAUGGACAUCACUGUUGCUCAAUUUACCAUCUCUGGGAUGGUACAGCUGCUGCAUCACCACAAAAACUCUGGGAAAGGCAAUAACUUAAACAAUGGUUUUAAAGAAAAGAGGAGGGAAAUGCUUCUUUUGGGAGGAAUAAAGAAUAACAGAAUGAGGCGGGGAGGGGAGGAGGAAGAGCACACUCAAUUUAAGAUUGGAAAAAUAGCAAAUGUGUCUGUUCUUUUGCUCUUCAAAAUAUGGCAAUCUUACCUUGAGGCAUGAUCACAGCAUGUGGCUAGCAGCUGGCGCAGAAGAUAGGAGAGUUGAAAUCCCCCUAGCAAUUCACUUCACGGCAUGGACCUCAUUGGUUUUGGUUAUUUUGGUUGAAUUAUUCUGACUGCAGGAGGUGCGCUCUAGGAGGCUAAGGAAGGCAAGGAUCCACAUCCCAGGUGUAGCUCACUAGCUUGGGAAGAAGGUAUGUGAUUCCUCAGUUGGAGUAGGCUCAGGACGGGUCACAUGCCUCAUCAAGCCUAGAUGCUGCAAUGAACAUUGAAGAUAUAAAAGGAAAGGUGUCCUGGCCAGGCCGGCCAGAUUGAUUAUAUACUGUAUCUUGAUAACUGAUGUUGCCAUUUUCCCACUGCCAUUAGAAACCUUAAGCAUUCAGAUGACUUGCCUCAGGGAUAAUUCUUAAAGAACAUGUUCUUCAUUUUUAGUGCAGUGAGUUUCUCACUCUGACCUUCUGUUGGCUGGAAUAGACCUUCGGGACUUGGCCAACUCGCUUCCCAAUAUUCUUAACAAAUGUCAAACUUUGUUUGAAAAGAGUAUUUUUUUAAAAAAGCAUUAAACUAUAUAUUUAUACACUCUUCUCUAAGGGCACCAAGGCUGCUUGGCCUUCACAACUGAUACGGGUAUCUUUUCCUGUGGGAAUCGCUCGUUCAAAUCUCAGCUUUUCUUUGCAAUAGUUUAAAAAAAAAAAGCCCAACAACAACAAAACUGUCAUGAUCUGAUCUUGCUAAUCCCUCAUGACUUCUCCAACACAGAUGUGCUCAAUUGUCAGCUAGGAUAAAUGUUUGACAUGGACAAUGACUGUCACAUUAAUUUCCCACCAAAGAUAAGAGGCACAAGAUGGGAGAGAUGGGAAGAUUCUGCAAAGAUGGCCUCUGUAUCUAUGUGCUCCUCCAUCUUUUUUUUUUUCAAGGCAACCUAUCUAAUAUAUGUACACAUUGAAUGUAAAGAAACAAUAAGUUAAAUAGAACAGUGGUGGCCAAUCUUUUUGGCAAGGAUAACAGUUGCUCUUGGCAUCCAUCUGUCUUGAGAGACAAUGGAGCGCACCUCUGUGGGUGAAGUCAAACUGCUGUGUUAGCAGUGACAAAGUGACCUCCCUGGGGUGCUAGCCUGGGCAGUGUGUAUGGAGGUCCUGGGCUGCCCAAACUACAAGACCUGCCACCGCCAGCCCCAACCUCACUGAUGUGGUCCAAAGGAAAGCAGAAUAAUACAUUUUGCACCAGCUUGGCUGCAUGACUAGCUGAAAGGAGGCAUACAAGACCAGCCAUCCAACCAACUUAGGUCCCAUCCCUGACCUAGGCAAUCCAGGCCAUAUAGUGUCACAAAUAGAGAGAUGUUGCACAAGAGAUGGAUUCAAAUGACUCAUUUAAACAAGAGACACACUCAGGUGAAAGCAUGCAUCUAUUGAUAUCUAACCUCAUGUUUUAGACCAGCCAUCUCCAAUCUGAAGUCCUUCAUUUGCUCCAGACUACAGCUUCCAUCAGCCCUAGCCAGCACAGCUAAAAUAUCUGAUGGGCACAAGUUUGAGGGAGGCUGAACUAAACUAUUGCGGGAGAGAGGGCAAAUAUGAGUACAUCAUCAUCUGUUUUUGACCUAUCAUCACUUCUUGCUUCAUCAUCUCAGCACACAUUUGCCCUCUACACAGAAGCAUUCAUUCAGACAGCAUUGCUAUUUGGAUCAAAUGAAAAGCUCCUGCUUAAACACUGUUCUAAACCAGCAGAAAGCUAGCAGAGUUUGAUUGCAGGAAGCAGAUGCAGCAACAAAGCCAUUGAUUGAAACCCACAAAUACACAAAAUUAUACCUUCUACCUAGAUGGGUCUGUGCAGCUUCACUGGCAAUGACAUUGCAUCGAGCUAUGUUUAAAAAUACCUAAUUGCUCAAUGUUCUACAUAUGUGUUGCUACUGUUUGCUCUGUCACUGGCAAGAUGAUUGCCCCUUUCCUGUUACCCCACCCCCCUCAUAAACCUCCUUUUUUCAUUCCCAAGGGUAUGGUACUUUAAAUUGCAAAACACGCAGUCGAUUGCAAGCCUAUCUGCAAUAACCAUGCAUUUCUUGUUCUCUUUCUCUGGGAAGGAGUGGUUUGUACAUUUUGAAUAGGAAAAAAAUAAACACCUACAUCAGGGUGGGCUCAAGGGAGGGAUCCAAAUUUCAGAUACAUCAACACUUGAUACUGUGGGGAAAUUAUUAGGGUGGUCUACAACUAAGUUUUACUGACAGCAAGCCCAUUGAAAUUAAUAAACGUAACUAAGUUACACUCAUUAAUUUCAGUGUGUCUACUCUAAGUAAAACUCAGUUGACUACUACCCUUGAUUAUUAAUGGCAAAUAUACACAUUUGUUAAUUUCUUAUAAUUAGUUUCAAUGGCUUGUGAUAUUUACAGUCUAGGUCUAUGCAUGUUUACAUAGAAAUAACUCCUGUUGCAUGCCCAAGUCUGUGUAGACUAGACGUAGCAGUCAUAGGUGACUAUUUAUAAAAUCUAGUGCAAACUGAUUUCUCCUUCCACAGCUUGCAAUCUGAAACCUGCUUACUCAGGAGUAACCCUAGCAGAAACAGCAGAACUUCUUCAAAGUAUAUGGACAUACCAGUAGGUUGCAGCUACAAUUUAUUUUAUGUGCUUAUUUGGUUUUUUGAACCGACCGCAUACAAGCCGUAAGCAGAUCUUUUCACGAAUAAUUUAUUUCACACUACUUGGUUUUUGUCUCUGUUCAGUUGUUGGGUUUUUUUGCCACAGUAUGUGUGUAUAUUCAGUAAAGGUUAAAGGACACACUGUCCUGGAUAAUAAAAUCUUGUAUUUAUCUAGUGGGUAGCUAUGAUUCAGUCAGCCCAGUUUAAAAUUGCUCUUGUUGUCCUGCCAAAUAAAUUUGUAGCAUGCCCCAAAGGGCAUUGCCUUCUUAUCCAAAAGAGAUGUACUGGUUGACAUUAUUUUCUCCUUGCAGACAUUAUUGAUUCUGAAUAACAUUUCCCUCAAGGGGUGGAGAAGUGGGUGGAGGAGGCCCAGCUAAACAGCUGGCGUUAAGACACACUUUACCCUGCAGAGGGAUGUUUUCCGUGGUUAUCUGCUGCGUCAUUCCGGUUCAACAUAUCACCCUCUACUUAGGGAUGUGGAUAAGUGCCACAAAUUAGCUUACGUUGUGCAAUGUCUAGGAGACAGAGAGAGUACCAUGAACUCACUGGAUGGCCUUAAGCAAGCCACCAACUCUCAUCCUCAGUUACCCUCACCUGCGGUGCACUGGCAUGAUUGAGUUUAGCAAGGGGGAGUAGGCUGUAUGCCAGCGUCCCUUACAAUUCCUGGAUCCAACAAGGAUCCAAUUGCUGAAAUAGCCAUGCUAUUGGUUAUGACCCCUACAUACGGACCAUUAGGGUAACAAAGGAAGUGGUUCUGUGCUAGAGCAAAUGAGUGGAACCCCCCUCCCUCUCCUUGGCUGUUAGCAUGAAGGACAAAGGCCAGAGUUCAAAUAGUAUAGUGAUGUUAGAAACUGCACAUAUUCUCUCACGGUCAAAAUGUACUGAUGACCACUUUAGCAGGGAGAUUCAAAUGGGAUGGAGAAAUAGGGUACUGCAGCAGUGGGGUGUAAGUGAGGGUUUGCAGGCUGACUUGUGAAAGGUAAAUCAUAUAAUUUAUUAUCAGCAAAAUGGUUUUCCUGCAUUCUUGUUUGGAUGCGUAAACCAAUCAGCCUGUCUGCUGGCAACUGUAUGUUUAUCAUUACAGACAAAAAUCAAGGGGAAAUGUGGGCAGAGUUUAGUGACAGGAUUACAAGUCAUUUAAAGGAAUAAAAAUAUUUAGGUAGAGUAACACGGCAUAUUUUGUUUUAACAGUUGGGUGCUGCAUAGAAUGCAUGAGAAAGAAACCUCAUGUUAACUCUGAAGUACAUCAAAGCAUUUCACUAUGCAGUAUAACAUUUAUCAGAGGGAUUAUAAUAGUAUGGAUAAAGUCAGUCUAGGCUAAACCUGAGAGCUUCUAGUGUCUGAUCUUUCGUGACAAUAAGAAUUUUAACUGAAAGGGUAAGCACUGUAAUCCUUCUAAGUUGCUGUGCACAGUCAAAAGGACUCUUUGAAGUAUGUUAGAGCAAUGCUUUUUAGACCAAUUAGAUCUGACAGUGUGUUUUUAGCUAACCCUUCUAUGCACAGAUAUAGUGUAUGUGGCAGACUGGGGGACAAAUGGGCUUCAUUAACUAUGAACCCCAAAAUCUGGGAUCCCCUCGAAGCUGGUGCCAAAAUGUGCAGUUGUUUUGUAGCGAUUUGCAGCAAAAAAACCCAUGUUUUGCAGUGCUCCACAAAUGGAGCAAUAGCCACUCAAACUUGGGAGUCAAAGGGGAACCAAAAAUCCAGCAUUGUCCAAUUCACUCCAAAGUGGCAUCAAACUUUGGCAAAGAUUUUGCGGCAUUUUGCAGCGAAACCCUCACAUUUUGCAAUGUCCCACAAAUGGAGCAAUAGCCACUCAAACCUGGGGUCAAAGGGUAACUAAAAUGCUACAAAACUUUUGCCAAAGUUUUUCGCCAUUUUAGAGUGAAUCGGACAAAGUUGCAUUUUGGGACAUUAACUAUGAACCAAGGUUUGCUGUAUCAAUUACGCCAUUAGUGGGGCACUGCAAAACGCGGGGUUUUCACUGCAAAGCGCUGCAAAACAACUUCAAAACUUUGGCACCCGUUUCGAAGGGAUCCCAGAUUUUGGGGUUCGUAGUGAAUGAAGCCGGACAAAUGCUUGAGUUAAAGCUCUCCAAGCAGCUGCAUAAUUAACCUGGUUUCUCUACAAGACUGGAUUUACCUUUGCAAGGUUGCUCAAUCAAGACUAUAUCUUGCAAACCUUCUAAUACAUAGCCCUUCUUCUCUCCUUAGGGCUGCCCCCCCUCCAUACAAAUAACACUAUAUCAUAUAUAAAUGUGAAAAGAAAUACUGCUUGUUUGUAAUCUAGUUUUCAUUUUUAAAUAGGGUCAGUCUCUGAUUUACUUUACAGUAAAAUAAUCAGAUAAGCAAAACUUCAGCCAUUCUGGAAGGAUGUGUGGUAUAGUAGUUAGAAUGUCAGACUAUGACCUGGGAGCCCAGGGUUCAAAAUACAAUUAAGAAGAAGUAUAUUAAUAGUGAAAUAAUUAUUAAGCUCUAACUUGUUUUUUAUCUUAUAUUUUUUGGGGGGAAAUUCCUUUAAAUUUUUUGGGGAGAUCCCCAAGAGAGUGGGGCCCUAAGCUAUAGCUUGUUUAGCUUAUACGUAAAUCCGGCACUGAUAGGACUUUCUUCUGAGGAGAUACGGUGAGAUCUGAAGCAUCUAAUCGCGCAUCUGGAUCGCAACCGCGCAGACCCAGCCUUUGCACCUAGCUUCAAGCAAGAUGUCCGUAGGACUGAUCCAACGCUAUUAAUCUCCAGGCUUUCAACAAAUCAAUUCAUUUUAAUUGUGUGUCCGUCCGUCCCCCUGCUUUUUUUCCUCCCGAUGUGCGCGCAUGACGCGUGCGGACUCCAAAGCGCCCCUCUCCAAAGAAAUGCACGGCGCAUCCCUCCGCCGGCACCUUGGCUGCCUGCCGCCCAUUCCCCAGGCUCCAGAGGUCUGCAAGCAGCGGCCAUGGGCUGCCCACAGCCGCCGCCGCCUCCUCUACCCAUUGGCUGGGAGAGCUGGGCGGGCCCGAGCGCAGACCGAGCUCCCAGGGGGAAGGGGAGGGAGGGGCGGGGCUUCGGCGGUUCUAAGUGGGGAGGGGGCUGGCCGCGGGGUACGGGGGGGGGGCUAUUUCUCUGGGAAACUCCCGCUCGCGAGGCGGCUUGUCGGGGAGCAGCAAGCGAGCAACAGGCUCCUCUCCAGAUACUUCGCCCUCCCGCUCGCCCUCUUCUUCCUUGGCCGCCCGGCUCCAGUGAGUGGAAGUCCCCUUCCCCGCCCUCUCGGUCCUCUUCCUUCCCCCGCCACCGCCUCCUUCUAUGGGCGUCUUUUCUGGAACUGGCGGGAAGCUGGAGCUGUUGUGAGGUGCGCUUCACACGGCCAGCAGAUUGUGAAGCGAACUAUUGUUGGGUUUUUUUGCGGGGUGUGUGUGUGUGUGUUUUCUGUCAAGGGUACGUGUGUAUGUGUGGGAUACCUUUUUGCAAAGCCACGCGUCUGUUUGGCCAGUGCACGUGGGAACGGGUUGCUUUUCCUCGCGAGGGGACGGGACGGGAGGAUCUCCUUUUGGGCGCGUGACGCUUCCUCGACACAUCGCUGCCCCUGCAGAAGUCGCGAUAUGGAAGGGUGGGUGGUGUCGACGCCGUGUUGGGCCUGUGUGCAUUAGCUGCCACUUUGGGCAUGCGGGCAGCUUGCUAAGUUUCCUUAAUUAUCGCAUUCUGCCGUAACAGAAUGGGAGAGUUGGAAGGGACCCCAAGGACCAGCUAUCCCAGCGGUUCUCAACCAGUGGGUCUCCAGAUGUUGGACUAAAACUCCCAUCCCUGAGCUCUGGGCCCUGCUAGCUAGGGGUGAUGGGAGUUGUAGUUCAGCAACAUCUGCAGGGAUGAAUUUGCAGCUGCCCCAUACAGGGAUCGAACCUGCAGCGUGGGCAUUGUCAGCACUAUGCUCUAUCCCACUGUUGGUACAUUAGAAUCCUAGGAUUGUAGAGUCAGAAGGGACCCCUGAGGACUAUCUAGUCCAACCCCCUGCCAUGCAGGGAUGAAUUUGCAACUGUCCCAUACGGGGAUCGAACCUGCAACCUGGCCGUUGUCAGCACCAUGCUCUAACCAACUGAGCUGUCCAUGCUGGACUGUUGUGUGUGGGAGAGAGAUGCCUGCAAGGAUAACACGUGCUCUUCUCCCACCCACCCCCAGUUCAGAACAACCCCUGUGCCAUUAAUAGCCUCAGGACAGGCAGGACUUCAGUGAAGGCCUCUUCUCCCGCCAGUGAAAUUUUGCGCCUGUGCUUGUUGAGUCUCUGCCCGUCCUGACGCAUGCAGAAGAUUCAGGAAUCUUGCCAGGAGGAAAGGUGGUGACCUUAGUAGUAGUACCUUCUCCUUUUGCAAGGUCCGUAUCAAUUACACUUUCUACCGAUUUUGAAGCACUUACUACCUGGGUGCGUGUCCCUAAGCCACUUGUCUGGAAGAAGCUGCAGUGGAGCCCCUAGAGUACUCCAGGCAAAGUGGCUUGAAACCUGAAUCGGGGCUGCUGGGAGCCCAAAAAGGAAGAUGUGUGUUAGUAGGAUGCAAACUAAAAAUAAGCUAGCAAGCUCCCUCGUUCUCUCUCUUUUUCCUUUCCCUGGUUGUUUAUGUUUGCUAUCCCUGGUUAGUGUUAUUGAUGUUGUAAAGGACAGCUUGGGACUGGGGGGUGGGGGCUGAUUCUGUCACAUUUUCUGGGUUGAGCUGGUUCAGGCUGGUAGCAAUGUAUAUUUAUAGUUUUACCUCAUGACAGUAUGUGCCAUUCAUGCAAAGACCGUGACAGGAAUGCACUGCCGUACUCACUGCAAAAUUAAACCUCUCAGGCUUUGCCUCAGCUAAGCAAGGUAAAGCACCAAAACAUCCAGUUUUAACUGAAAGUGUGAUUUAAAGGAGGCUGAGGCUUUGUUUUUUUUCUUGCCAGGAUUGUUGUAAAGAAAGUGUGGAAUUGGCGGGUUUUCUGUUCUCUGUCUAUCCCUUCUCCUUUCCACCUCUAGACCAAGCUUUGUGCAUUUGGGGAGGGGGGAAGAACUCACAUAUGCCAUUGUCAAAACCCGCUGUGCUACAUUCAGCUGAGGAAACCUACAGGAUCUCCAGAUUGCACUGGUCCUUGGAGGUACUCUGUUAUGCAGGCAUAGGCAAACUCGGCCCUCCAGAUGUUUUGGGACUACAACUCCCAUCAUCCCUAGCUAACAGGACCAGUGGUAAGGGAUGAUGGGAAUUGUAGUCUCAAAAAACAUCUGGAGGGCCGAGUUUGCCCAUGCCUGCUGUUAUGCCUCCGAAGCUCAGUGUGGUGGUGGGUCUUUGGCAAGCAUCAAUUUGGCCACCAAAAAUUUAUGGAGCCCUGAUUUAUCCCCAGACCAGAUAAGCUGCACGGCUUGUGAAAAUGAGUGGAAAUCCUUCCAGGCUUCAAGCAUGAAGCUCAAGUAAGCUGACCUAGGCCAGUUUUGUAAGUGUCUGACGGUGAAAUUGGACGAAGAAAAGGGGACUGUGCUAAAAACGAAAACCCCAUAAUAUGAGGGAAUGAAAACACUUGACGUUGUACCAUGUACGUGUUUGCCGCCCUUGGUUGCAAACACAUCCUUUGUUUCUGCUGUGGUAUGUAUGUAAGGGGAAACUAACAAUGAGAUCUGAUAUGUCACAUGUGUCCAUUGUUACACACUGCAAGGAGAAUUUGAUACAGGGCUGCCAUUUACUGUGGUAGCCCUGUGUUAUUCACAAUUUCUAGUAAUGCUCUAGUAUAGUUUAUUCCUUGACAGGCAAUGAUGAGCUAUGCAUGGGCUGCUCUAGAUCAUUAGAGAUCCACAACAACUUAGGACUAUACAAGGGUGCUCUUUGACUUCAUGGAAUAUAUGACGGCUGUUUCUUGGUUGUCCAUCUUCCCAAACUUAGAAAUGCCUUCUGACAUUGCGCAAUUGGCAUAGAACUGCGCUCGGUUUGGCACAACUUCAUCUUGUGCUAUGUAGAUGCGACCUUAGAUGGGAGAAAGCUGAGGCCAUGUCUGCAUUGCUAGGUUGCUGAAAGGAAGAAUAAUAGUAAGGAAAACAAUUCAGAUAGGAUGGUAACAGCCCCUGACAGUGCUUCAUUACCGGCCCUUGUUGUGGAGCUACCACGCAGUGUCUACAGAGAAACGGUUGUACUGUAUUGAAAGAUUCUCAGAGAUAAGAUCUUCGCAGUGUUUUCCGUGCUCAGUCUUCUCCUUCUGGGGGAGGGCAAACAAAUGGAUCAGUUCUGCAGCAUAAUGUAGCCCUUGCAUCAAACCUUGGGCCAUCAUAUUCUGUUAGGUAUACUGCAACAUGCAUUUUAACGCUCGCAUGAAGUGAACAGAGUAGCGUAAUUAGCAUGCGCAUAACUAACGCCCACUUUGUGCAUGUGUGUGUUUGUUUACACGUGCUUGCGUUUUGCUUUAUUUCUGCAGCAAGCAGUAGGGUGUUAAAUAAUGACCACUUGUGUACCCAAAGAACAUUUCUUCAGGCCACAAUCAGUGUCGUAUACCCCUGCUGGGGCCCUUCUUUCCUACGUUUGCACUUUUUGGUCAGUUGACAAGAAAUUUUGAGCAGAAUCUGAAAGCUGUGCUAAAUUGGCCGUGCUUCAACAAAGCAAGCAGCUGGUGCAGCUUUCUUGAACAGCUUGUAUUCAGUGGAAACCGUGGGCUGAAAAAGGCAAGCAUUCACUCUUAGCAGGGCCUCUUUGCACAUUUUGUUUUUUAGGUAAGUAUCUAUUUACAGGCCAGGAGAAAGUGCUUUGCAUCUUUCAGAACUGGCAACAAUAGUGUUUCUGUCUAGUUAAACAAACUGAUAAUGGAAUUGGGCUUUUGUCUUAUCACCCCAUUGUGAUGAAAAAACCAAAAUACUUGAAAAUGUUGCAGUAGUUAAAAGUUCCUUAACCAUGUUAUGCAAGAUGCUUACAGUGGAUAUAUUCCAGAUCUGUUAAGAGUAUAAGGGAGUCAUGCCAUUGAUUUUACUGAGUUGUAUACCCUGUUGCUUUGGUUAUAAUUGAUGAGCGCUUGGAAGCAAAUUCUGUUUAAAACUGUUGCUACUUGCUUUUGGGGAAGGUUGCCAACUUUAUUUCGGGCAGUGUUGUGGUGCUUAAACAGCUGCAUCAGAAGCAGAAAUUCAACAGGUGAAGCUUUCCCUUGACUGCAUAUGCAUGUUGGAGAAAAUGCUUCAUUGCCUACAUUUCAGUUUUUUGCAUAGCUGUUAACACAUAUGAACCUUGUAAGGAAAAAGUUGGCAACCGUGUUUGUAAAAUAUUAUCUCUUCUUACACUUGGCAAAGUUAUUUCUUUUUUGGUAUGUUAAGACAGGGAUAGGCAGACUUCAGGUAUAAAUUAUUAGAGAUCCACCAACAGAGCUUGGUGCAAAAGACAUAUAGGUAGAAUUCAUAGUUCAUAGGCCAUAAAUUUAUUUUGAUUACCCAAACUUAACUGGCAAGUCUUCCAAUCCAGUCCAGUUCCUCAACACUAUGUUUUCUUAAUUUCACCAGUAUAAUUUUUUGAGGGAGGGAAGGAGACUAAUUUUAUUCCUGUUGUUAGCCAGUUUUGAGUCACCCAUCUUUGUUGAUCUACUGGAAAUCACCCAGUGAUCUACCAAAGAGUUCUGCCAGCAGAUCCUGAGCUAUCUUUUGCCCACCUCUGUAUCAAGGUGUUCUUCUGGAGAUGCGUGGCAGAUGUGCAAAACAUCUAAUAAGAGCAGCUGCAAUAACAUGAAAGUACCAGAUACAACAAAGAGUCUUGUGGUACCUUAAAUAACAAAUUUAUUAUGGCAUAAGCUUUAAUGGACUACUGUGCUUUAUAUCAGCGCACGUAUACAUGAUUAGGUGGGGGAUUGUAAAAAGUGAAAUCAGGAAAAUAAAAUGCAGAAAAAGUUCAGACGGUGUUAAUUCACAAAAUAGUUUUUUUUUAAAAAAAUAGUUUUUAUUAAAGAUUUUCUUGGGUUACAGAAGUGCACGCAUCACCUCUAUACAGUUUUUGAUAACAUAGAUAUCCAGGCAUUGGGAGACUGUUUAACACAUGUGCCAAAGCACCCUUUGACUUGGUUCAGUCAACAAAUGAUAGCUUUGAAAAUCCUGAUGUAUUGUAAUUCAGAAUCUUCAAACCAUGCCAAACCAUGCUAGAGGCAGGUAAAACUUUUCAACAAAGCUGGUGCAGCAGCAGGGACAUUCUAACAAGUUGGUCUCUUCCAUCAACCACUUUGUGCUGAUCUGAAGCUUCUUUUCUUGCUUCUCUUGUGCUGCCACCUUCUUCCUAGUUUGGCCAUGGCAGCUACGGGUACUGAAUAGAGAAGGCCCAUCCAUCUCUUUUUGUUAAAGAAAUGUUAAUCACAGGGAACAUUUUAUUAAGGAGAAAAGGUAAAUGGAUUUUUUUUAGUUCAAAUCAUAUUCCUGUAUUUCAGUGGGAACAUCAUAAUGCAAUUGAUGCACUGAAUGCUGCUGGAGCACUGUUGCUUUAGCUGUUAAGCCCCUGUAGCAAAAGGAAUACCUAACAUGGAAUGUACCAUGUCUACAGACAUUGCAGGUUUAAUGGUUGCUGGCUUCAAGGCUCUUCUUUCAGAACGGCAGAGGAGCGUAUUUUGUAUGCAGCCUAAUAAUGGAUAGUGCACGAAGAUCGGCUGCAGCUAAGUUGAAUUUGAAAGCAAUGGAAGGGGACUUGAAUAAUGGUAAGCUUAAGUCACAUUGAUUUCAAUAGAAGUUAGCUGUGGUUAACUUGUAGAGAUUUCACAUGUGACAUGGAUGCUUCCAAUGGAUAAUAACACUUCACAAAAUAUUACCCCCUGCUCUUUUGCCAUUGCUUUGCACCUGGAAAGAAUGGAGCCUCAUUAAAAGAUAGCAUCAAGCCAUAGUUAACACGUAUGAACAGAGCAAAACACUGCACAACUUGGGAUAGGGAUUGUUUUGUAUAUUCCUGCAAAGGGGAAUCCUUUUGUAAAAUGUAUCCCAAGAACACUCCUAUGGUGUGUUCUGUCGUAUGACCCCUGAGCAAUUCUGUAGAAGCAAGUAGCAAGAAAAUGUGAAGGGUGUUUUUAUUGAUUGUGAUUCAAUAUCUCAAAAUCAAGACACGAAGUGAGGUUUCUUGGUUUAGAAUGUAAAGCAGAGAUCUGUCAUUUCGUUCUCUUGGAUUCACACAUGGUCUAGGACAGGUGAAGUUGUUGGAACUCUGAAACUUUUGAGACCAUACUGUUCAGUACAGUGGUACCUCGGUUUACGAACUUAAUCCAUUCCGGAAGUCCAUUCUUAAACCGAAACUGUUCUUAAACCGAGGUGUGUUCCCUAAUGAGGCCUCCUGCUGCCGGUGCCCUUCCACCGUUUGGCUUCCAUUUUUAGACCGAGGUAAAGUUUGUAAACCGAGACACUACUUCCGGUUUUGCGGAGUUCAUAAACCAAAUAGUUCGUAAACAGAUACCACGGUAUAUACAGUAAUUAGAUAGUUUUAUUUCCCACAAAAACAAUUCUAAGUGUAAAUAUAAUUUGGAUAAAUGUUAAUUUUAUAUAGUUUUAUAUUUUUCUUGAUGAACAUCUGAAAUCCAGAUAUAGAACUGGCUUUAGUGCUAUGGUGAAUGGUUGUUUAUUUAGGUGCUAAAGAACACGAUUUCAGCAAUGUUGAAGUGAGAUUUCUAUCAGUUUGGCUGUUUUUCUUACCCUAUGUAGUGACAGAUGGGGUUGCACUUAGUUCAGUGAACCAUACAAAAGAAGAACAAAACUUGCAUUAAAUUACUGUUGACGAUGCACUUUCUUGUCCACGGAUGAGUGAUGCAGAACUAACCUGCUGGAAACUGAGGCUUCAUACUUGCUUCCUUUUGUUAUGUGUCUCCCACCUAAUUAAAUCAGAUUUGAAAAUUAUAUCUGAUAAUUUCCCGUUAUCCCUUGUAGCUAGUGGGAAAACCUUUCUGGAUUAUUGUGGACUGGUGUAGAAAGCAUGGCAUGAAAAUUGGGGGUUCUUGCUGCUCUUAGUGCAUUGUUUUAGUAUAAUUUCCAUGCAACUGGCAUAGAAAGUAUUUUGAGUUGCUUUGGUAGUCUCCAGUAUUAUAUUUGAUUUUUUUCAACCACAAUUGAUUAAAGUUUCAUCUGUGUGAGCAAGAACGUCACUUUUCUAGUGUGUCACUAUUGCUUUUAGCUUUGAUUGCCACAACAGCAGUCUCUCCAGUUAAGCUGGACAGUUCCAACCAUGCUGCUGUUCCCUUCUAUAUAUUUAGAACUUCAACAGGACUUAGGAUUAAUGGCUGGGAUCCAAAGAGCCUACUUCAAUCAUGGUGAAGUGCUAGUACUAACCUAGGGGGUAGCCAAUGUGGAUGCCUUCAUCUGCUCUACCUGCAAUAAAAACAUUUCUCUCCCAUAUCAUUCUCUACAGCCACAGCAGGCACUGUAACUCUCUAGCAGUUUGACUUUAACUCUGAAGGUGCACUCUUCCAUAGUCUCCUGAGACAGACGGAUGCCAACAAGAAGGUGUGACUGAAUCAAACAGCAAUUUUAUGCACUCUUUUUUGACCUAGUUUGAACUUUAUAGACCUAGUUUGAACAAUGGUUUAAAUGAACAUUACUGUAGUUAAUAAGCCAUGGCUUAGUGUUGUGUCUGAAUACAGUGCAGUGCUUAAGUAUGGUUUGUUAACAAAAAUAAGUCAUAGUUUGUUGUCUGCUUAGUGACUUUGACUAUGGCUUAGGGUUGCGUGCAGAUGUGGGCAUUGUUUGUACAUGGAGUGUAAAAUAUCAAGGAUGGUUAAAUAACAAAAGACCAGAGUAAUGAAAACCUAGAAGGCUUGAUAGUCAAAUUGCACCAGACAACCUUUAAACUUCCUGAAGUAACAGGAGUGUAAGUCUGUACAAUUAAUUUGGUCCACUCUGAGUUUGGGGUAUAGGAGAUCUUUUUCAGAAUCUCUUGGCAGAUGUCCAAAGUCAUCCUCUGCUGGAUUUUAUCAGGAUUUUGCCUGGGUCACACAGUACCAAAACUUUGCGACACAUUGGACUUUGCACUUGUGAUAUAAAGUUCUUACCAUACUGGUUUCUGAGACUGUUCACCAUUUUUCCUGCUGUACAGUAGAAUAAAAAAACAUUCAUUCUAAUUAGUAUCUUGUUCAUGUUUAAAAUGGUAUAAAAACCAUUUUUAUAUUAACAACAUAUAUUAUGUAUAUUAAACAUUAAUUCUUUCAGGUAAAGCAAGGCUUAAGAUGAAAUGCUGAAAAAUCAAGGUUUUAAUCUGGGUUCUAGUGUAUCAAAUUUGUGUACUUUUUGCUUUGACAAGGAGUACAAUUUAAACAUGGGGCAUGGUGUUACUAACUUAUUUAAGAUGUUUUCAGUAUUUAUUUUAUGAAAACUUAGCGUUUUCCAAUUCAGGACAAUUAAGGAAUAAAAUUUCUUCCCUUCCCUUUUUGGAGAUUGGAAUUUUUACAAUUUUGCCCUGCAAUAUAAAGUUUUGUUGUAUCAGUAAAAUGUGAUCUAUUUUGUGUUUAUUUGUAGGACAUAUGUCGGGGUUUAUAUUAAACCAACCUGCAACCGGAUUUUUGCACUGCUCCUGCUGCUAUGAGAAGCUAAGUCAUGGUUUGACUUACCAUUAUAUGUGCAAACCCAGGCUUAUGGUUUGUCUUGUUCCAAACAAUCCAAACAGUAGCCAAGUUUUGUUUCCUUCUCUUGGUUUGUUGGGAGAUACAGUGGUGCCUCGCAAGACGAAAUUAAUCCAUUCCAUGAGUCUCUUCGUAUUGCGUUUUUUUCGUCUUGCGAAGCACGGCUAUUAGCGGCUUAGCAGCUGUUAACGGCUUAGCGGCUUUAAGAAAAAGGAAACAAACUCGCAAGAACUCGCAAGACGUUUCGUCUUGCAAAGCAAGCCCAUAGGGAAAUUCGUCUUGCGGAACGACUCAAAAAACGGAAAACUCUUUCGUCUAGCGAGUUUUUCAUCUUGCGAGGCAUUCGUCUUGCGGGGCACCACUGUACAAACCAAAAGUCCAGGUUCACAUGUAAAACGUUUUUAGUAGUGCUGCACCAGCAGGACCAAGGAAGGAGCAAAGUGGUCACAAUUUUCUAAAUGUGGCCUAUCAGGCUUGCUAAAUCAUUGUUUGGCUUAUAGUUAUGUGUGAGCUCAGUAAAGAUCUUGUUACUUUAUUAAAAAGCAACCAACCUAGGAACAGGUAUUUGGACUCAAAUUUUGUAAAAGGGGAAAAUGCAGGUUGCUUCAGUUUCAAGGAACAAAAGAGUCUUACUGUUAUGUUCAGUAACACAUCUGAAAGUAUUUGCAGAUGAAGACUUGCUCAGAUUCUUAUGUCAACUAAGAUGUUGGCCAAGUGUUGCAAAGAAUCUGAAAGAAAAUAUUAUCCUAAUCACUAUAGUGACCCUGCUGAUAUUGCAUUUCAGAUAUUGUCAAACCUCUCGCAUUGUUCACUGAUACCACAAUGGGCCGGUUCCCCCACCCAAGGGAGUUCCUUUCGAUCAAGUUAUUUAAAACUUGAAUUAAAAUACAGCGGUCAGUUACUGCAGUGCUUGAAAGCAAAGGUUGAUUGUGGCUUUAACAUUUAGUGUGGUCCUGGUGGGGAGCUGUUUCAGCCUGAAGGCUGGAUUCCCUUCUGGGCAUCCUUCCAGGGGCCACAUACUGUUGGUGGGGGCCCAGAGGGAAAAGUGCUUGUCCGGAUGGAGGGUAGAGGGGGGGUGAGUGCAUGUGGAAACUAGCUUGCUGUACAAAGGUAAAAUAUACAUUGGUUGCUCUGUUCACCACUGGAAUGUGAUAUUCAGUAGGUUGUCCAAAAAGGAAUGUGACUCUUGGGUUGAAAUAGGUUUUGCACCCCUGUCUUAUGCUCUCCUUGUGGCCAUGCUAGAGGAGGAAAGGGAAGUGCUUGAGCCCAAGGCUUCUCCACGUAAUGAUAAAUCAUAGUUGAGUGUUAAGUCUGAAUAGCACCAAUGUGUGUGAGAAGGCAGGUGUGCAAUCUCUCUGCUGUUAUGAUUCUUAACUGCAACUGCUCUUUUUAGUAAAGUAGAUUUUUUUAAAAAAUGCUGUUUUGGAUUCCGUUAGGUUCAUUGUUGCAUUUCUCAUUCUUACAAAGCAGUUUUUCAUUUUUUUUAAACAUGUCCAAACCAUAGCCUCUUUGGAAGGUCUUAACAUUGCUAGGUUGGAUGAGAUUGAGAUAAGUAGCUUUGUGCUACUUCAGUCAUUCAUAGAAUCAUAGAAUUGCAGAGUUGGAAGGGACCAUCUAGUCCAGCCACCUGCAAUGCAGGAAUCUUUUUGCCAACAUGGGACUCGAACCCAUGAUCCUGAGAUUAAGAGUCUCAUGCUCUACUGACUGAGCUAUCCCAGUGGUCACUCAUGAUUUUACCACACUCCAGUAUCAUCCGCUCCACUUAUUUAUAAAAUUAUAGUUUAAAUAUUUUUUCCCCAGCUUUGCUCUUGUUCCUUGUAUGAUAGGACAACAGUGACAGCUAACCAUCAACUCAAUUAGUACAUCUCAGUUAGAACCUCCUCUCCUCCUUCAGUACAAGGUCCCCGGGUGGGUUACAUACAAUAUUAAAAUAAGUUGAAAACAAAUUAUGAUCAGGAAAAUAAGAUGGUGUGUGUAUGUAUAUAUGUACAGUGGUACCUCAGAUUAAGUACUUAAUUCAUUCCGGAGGUCCGUUCUUAACCUGAAACUGUUCUUAACCUGAAGCACCACUUUAGCUAAUGGGGCCUCCCGCUGCUUCCGCGCCACCAGAGCACGAUUUCUGUUCUCAUCCUGAAGCAAAGUUCUUAACCUGAAGCACUAUUUCUGGGUUAGCGGAGUCUGUAACCUGAAGCGUAUGUAAUCUAAGGUACCACUGUAUAUGUAUACGUGUGUGUGUGUGUGUGUGCGCGCACACACACACACACACACACACACAUAUAUACACACACACACACACACACAGUGGUACCUCGGGUUACAUACGCUUCAGGUUACAUACUCUGCUAACCCAGAAAUAGUACCUCGGGUUAAGAACUUUGCUUCAGGAUUAGAACAGAAAUCGUGCUCCAGCGGCGCAAAGUUGGAGGCCCCAUUAGCUAAAAUGGUGCUUCAGGUUAAGAACAGUUUCAGGUUAAGAACGGACCUCCGGAACAAAUUAAGUACUUAACCUGAGGUACCACUGUAUACAUACACACACACACACACACAUAUAUAUAUAUAUAUAUAUAUACACACACACACACACACACACACACACACACACACAUAUAUAUGCUGUUAAAUACCCUGGAAACUAUUGAAGGUGCCAAAUGCAUUUCUGGGGUGGGUAAACCAAAACUUAAGAGAUUGCUACAGAGAAUGCCCUCUCCUCUGUCGCCACCACCCAACCUUCUGAGCCAGUGGAACUGCCAAGAGGGCUUCUCUGUUGAGCUUAACAUCCAAGAGGGUCUGUAUGGAAGGAGGCAGUUUUUCAGAUAUUUGGGACCAAGUCGCUUAGAACUUCAAACGUCAAUGUGUCCAUCUUAAACUGGGCCCAGAAAUGAAACGGCAACCAGUGCAGCUUUUAUUUUAAUAUGAAUUCUAAGUGGAACCCCAGCCAGUAUAUCUCCUGCUGCAUUUUGGUCCAGCUGAAGUUUCUUGCUAUGAUCUGUCCAGCAGCAGCAGCAGCCAAGAGGAACAACAGCAUUUCUUUGUAGGCAACGGGAAUGUUCUGUCCCAUCAUAUAUGGUGAAGUGGGUUACACCAAGAGGAACUUGGCAGCUCUGUGAGGCCAGCACCCUUCGCAAACUACAGCCCCCAGCAUUCUUUGGGAGAAGCCAUGGCUGUUAAAAGUGGUACAAAGUGCUUCAAGUGAAUGCCAAGAAUGUGAGUUCGAGAGGACUUCCCUAAACUGGUAGGAGGGUCCUGAUGUAAAACGGGCACAAUCUCCGCUUGCUCUUACCCAAAGCCCAACUUUGCAUUCACAUUUGAUUCAAUUACAUUUGUACUUGAUAUUCUUCUUAAAAUAAACCUUUUGACAGAAAAAACCAUUGUUUGGCAGCUAACUUGGCUGAGACGUAGCGCUAGGGAACGGAAGCUCCAGCCUUCAUUAUUUUUUUCCAGAAAACUGCAUAUAGUUUGCAGAAUGUUUCCCAACUGCGCCUCAAAAAAGGAGAGAAGAAGAAAACUACUGUGCUCGACUGUAGUGUUGAAUGCAAAGCACAUGUCACUGUCCUGGCUGCCCCGCUGUAUGUACUCUGCACAGCGAAUACUUCAAGUGGUGGAGAAAAUUGCAACAUAUGCUUGGGUUAACCAGAAGGUCAUUUGACGCAGCCAUCGCAUGGUCGGUUCCAAAAUCUCUGAUCAAGUUCCCAGUGUGUUUCACAAGGGGGUAACAGUUGUGGCAGGGGAAGCAUAGUCACAAAUGCACCAAUUGCUUGCAGCAGUUAAAAUGAAUGAGUUUCAUCCACCUUCAUUCCCAUCCUUUCUUAGCCUUGUCCAGAAAAUUGGAUGUUCAAGUAACAUUGCUUUCGUGAUGGGGAGGGGAGUAAAAGGGGAAGGUAGGGGAGAGAGUAUUUCAAACCCUGUUACUGAUACAUUAAGUGCUAUUUAAAGUAAAGAAUGCGUCUUGAAAAUGGAACUCUCUGGCUUUAGUUGCCUCGGUUAUAAAUAAGUGUUUCUUCGACUUCAGAAUAGAUAUUUUAUAUUAUUUUGACAAGGCAUCUUAUGUAUUAAAUGUGCAGAAAUGGAUUAGAUGUCUGCUAGUGCGCAAAUGGGUCAGGUGUCUAAUUCUUAAUGUUAAAGGUUAUCGUUCUCCUGGAGAAUUGAAUCACCCUGUAUAUUAUAGGCUUAGAAAUAAUCGCAGUCUCACGCUAAAUGCAGCAAGUAGAACAAAUCCCGGAAAAUGUCUUUGUUUAGCAGUUCUCCCUCUUACUAGGGGCUGUGGGAGUCUGGUUUGAAUAGAAGUUAUACCUGCAGGAGCUGUGAGGCAUAUAAAUGCUUUAAAGAGAAGAUAUACACUUUAUUCAUUUGCUUCUUUGUUUUUACUUAAUUGUAUUUUUAAGCGGUUUUGCUAGGCAAGCCCAUCCAAAGAGGCUUACAACAUUUAAAGCACAGUGAGUGAAUAAUAGACUAAUUUUAAUAAAAUAAAAAAAUCCCAUAAAGAUGAAAUAAAACAUUACCAACUAUUUUAACUGGAUGGUUAAUAUAAAGAGACGACAUUUUCAGAGCCUUCUGAGAUCCCUGUAGCAGAUCAAUAUGACUCAGUUCUGAAGGGAGAGAGUUCCUAAACUGUGGGGCCACCAUGGAGAAAGCCCAUUCUCUCAUAGGCACCUCCUUCACUUACCUAGGAGGAUGGCUACUUGAGGAUGGUCUCUGAAGCCGGUACCAAUGCAUGGGGCAGGAUUAUGCCGGCACAGGCAAUCCAACAGAUAACUUGGGCCCAAACCGUUUUAAGACUUUGAAGGUUAAAUGCAGUGCUUUAAAAUGGACCCAGUUAGCAGCAUUUUACAUUGGACCUGGACAUGAAACUUGCAUAAGAACGGUGUCACCGUGUCUCCCUUGGGAUUCCAUUUUCUAGCCCCUUGAAGUUUCUGAACCCUCAUCAAAGGCAGCCCCCAUAAAGUGUAAUACAGUCAUCUAAUAUAAGGUUACCAGAUUUUUUUUUUCCAAUGAAUCCGGGGACACUUUUCAACUUCAAUGGAUUUUGUAUGGGGACUGAUUUGUAAAUCCAGGGACUGUCCCUGGGAAACGGGGACACCUGGUAACCUUAAUCUAAUAUAGAUGUGGCCAGGGCAAGGAUCAGUGUGGUCAGGUCAGACCUCCUCGGAUGGAAUCGCAUCUGACAUACCAGCCCAAGCUGUUAAAAAGGCAUUCUUGGCAGCUGAUGCUACCUGGACUUUCCCAGUUGGUACUGAAUCCUAGAGCCCUCCUAAAAUACAUCCAUGUUCUUUUAUAGGGGGGCGAGGUGUCCCACACAAUACAAACUGCAAACCUUCACAAGGCACACAACCUAACUAAUCUUGGCUAAACGCCUAAUUAAACAGCUUAAACUUAGUCGCAACAUGGGCUGUGCAAUGCUAAGCACACUCACUUUAAAAAACACCUAAGUCUGCUGAAUUCAGCACAGCUAAUGAGGUUUCUUGCAACAUAUUUUGUCAGAUGUUGCUCUCUUUGGAGUUCAGAGUGGCCUCUUGCCUAAUAAUAAUAAUAAUAAUAAUAAUAAUAAUUUAUUUAUACCCCACCCAUCUGGCUGGGUUUCCCCAGCCACUCUGGGCAGCUUUCAUCAGAAUAUUAGAAUACAAUAAUCUAUUAAACAUUAAAAGCUUCCCUAAACAGGGCUGCCUUCAGAUGUCUUCUAAAAGUCUGGUAGUUGUUUUUCUCUUUGACAUCUGGUGGGAGGGUGUUCCACAGGGCGCGUGCCGCUAAUGAGAAGGCCCUCUACCUGGUUCCCUGUAACUUGGCUUCUCGCAGCGAGGGAACCACCAGAAGGCCCUCGGCGCUGGACCUCAGUGUCCGGGCAGAACGAUUGGGGUGGAGACACUUCUUCAGGUAUACUGGACCGAGGCUUGGGCCAUAAUAAAUCUGUUGGCAUUUAAGAUGUGCUUGUAUGUGUGCUUGCUAGAGAGUUUGACAGAGGGCACUGCACCUGUCUCCAGUGGCAGUGAAGGGUGUAGAGGAAAAUUAGGAAGUAGUUCAAAGUGGAAAGCCACCAAAUGUGGGUAAAGGCGAAGUCCCCGGGUCCCUCUCACCUUUAGCACUCAAAGGAAACAUAAAAAUAGACUUGCCGGUCAGGUGGAUGGCUGCCUCGUGAUUAGGAAAACUCUGUGUAAAGGGUUCAUAAGAAUUAAUCACACCCUUCUAACCUGUCAGCGAUUUCUUCACAGAGGUAACAAAGUGGCACCAAACUAGAAAUAGAAAGUUUGGUAGAAUCUUGCCCAAGGGAAACUUGGUAACCUCUAGGGGAGAGGUAAAACACUGUUAUUUAUUAAAAGCAAUUUAAGACACAGUAAAAAAGUAGAAGUGCUUUCUUUUCGAUUGCAGAAUGAGGUGGGUGCCAAACAGCUGAUUUUAGGUGUCAUGAAAGGACAGCAAACUUUUAGUAACUUCUGCCGCUUUGGGGGUUUUUUUCUACCAUCAAGCAUUAUAUAAAAAUUUUAAAUAAAUUGAUAAAUUAGUAAGACAUUUUUUCUCUUCCACUGAAAGGCACUUAUGUGGUCUCAUGUCUGAGAUGCCAGAAUAGCUUAGCCAGACUGGGGUAGAAUACAUCGUGACUUGAAAAGAAGGGCGCCAUUUUCUUUUUCACCUCAGGCAACAAAAUGUAUUGGGCCAUCCAUGUCACUUGCUUUCUAACACAUAUUGAUGUGGGACUACUCAGGGAUCCAGAUUUUUUAAUGGGUGGGGGGGAGUUGUCUAUAGCAUUUGUUAACAACUCAUCUACGUUUUGAUGCUAUUAGUAGUAACAAUCUCUAAAGCAGUAUAUUUCCAACAUAACAAGAAAUAUUUGCACAUAUUUGCCUUGCACAUGAAAUAUUUGUAUUUUUAACAUCAACCUGAAAGUUAGAAUGAGGCUGAAUGACCUUCUCCCUGGUCUUAAUACCACCAGUCAGGAUAUGUAGCAAGGUCCCUCAGGCAUCCAUCUGUCUGUCUGCAGCUUCAGGUGAUGGAGACAUAAUAUAACAGAAAUUUCUGGAAGAACAAAGACUAAAAACAUUGCAUUAGCCCUAGGUGAAUACAUUCUUGGGAGGUUGGAGGCAGUGGGUACAACAGGUGAAUGUGUGUCUGUGAAUGCCCUUUUUUGGGGUCAAAAUUGCUUAUAGAGCCAAUUUGCCAUUUUAGUUUUUAAAUUGGGUUACAAAUAGCACUACGGUUUAGGUGGCUUAAUACAAGUGUGGUCCUGUCGUUUGGCAAUGACAUAUGUGACUGGCUUUCUCUGCAAUAAAUCCAGAACUGUCAGUUUGGUCCCCAGUCAUUGGUUUGGAACGGGGAACUACAACUAUUUUAAAUGCACUUACUUCACAUACGGACACGGGUGGCGCUGUGGGUUAAACCACAUCAGAAGGUUGGCGGUUCGAAUCCCCGCGACGGGGUGAGCUCCCGUUGCUCGGUCCCUGCUCCUGCCAACCUAGCAGUUCGAAAGCACGUCAAAGUGCAAGUAGAUAAAUAGGUACCGCUCCGGCAGGAAGGUAAACAGCGUUUCCAUGCGCUGCUCUGGUUUGCCAGAAGCGGCUUAGUCAUGCUGGCCACAUGACCCGGAAGCUGUAUGCCAGCUCCCUCGGCCAUUAAAGCGAGAUGAGCGCCGCAACCCCAGAGUCAGUCACGAUUGGACCUAAUGGUCAGGGUCCCUUUACCUUUACCUUACUUCAUAUACAUAGUUCAUAGCAUUGCAUGUGCUUGGUUUUCUUGUUCUUUUUUGUCUAAGUUCAAGAAGCUUGAAUGGCUCUUGCUUGGGAUGCAAUCCUGCCCUGAGUUACAUUUGACGUCGGUCGGUUUUGUUGAUGGGGAAGGACUGUAGCGCUUGUUCCUAAGCCAUAGAUUUCCAAAGGGUGAAAAUGGAAGGAAAUGCAGAAAAGUAGUGAUCUAAAUCCAUCUAUAACUAUUGCUCUCCAUGGAGCUAGGACACAAAGUGCAAACCUGUCCUCUUCAUGAAAGCACAGGCAAUUAUGUGGGCACAUUUGCAGCAACUGAAUCCCUUCCCUUCCCUAGCAUGUUCCUGUGGACAUGUUGAGAGUGUAAGGCUGCAGAAAGCAGACUUUCUGCCAAAUCUUGUUCCCUUGGGUUUAGAAGGAAACAACCUGCAAUUGCUGUGUGGAAGGGAAGUGGCGUUUCACAAGAGGAGGCUUGAAUGUUCUGGAUACUGGUUAUUUCUCUGUGACAGAAGACCCCUGGCAUAGAAUUCUGGUUUGUUCUGCUCUGAAAACACAUCCCCUGGUUCCCAAUUCAUUGUAAAUGGAAAUAAGUAUAUUUCUAGAGAGGCGCAAACAACGCAAGGAUGUUCGCAAUGUAACUGCAAAUUUUAGCAUUUACUUUCUAGUUUUGUUUAAAUGGGGCAAUAUACAACAGCGCUUGAGAGAAGAUGUCUCUGGUCUGAGCCCUUUUGUGCAAAAAAUAUUGGCAUCCUAUGGCUCUUCCCACAUUGAGGUCCCAAUGGUAGCUUCAUCAUGUGUAGUAGUGGCAAGUUCGUAGACUUAACUACCCAGUUGCCUUCUUGCACCAUGUUACUAUGUUUACCAGUUGUGAAAUUUGUCUUCAUGAACCCUCUUGUUGGGGCAAUCUGGAUCCAGUUUCAUGGAACGGGAAAGUAGUUGCAAAAAUAAUCCUUACUUGACUAAAUCAAAGCUAUAUACAAAGGUAAGAACAUAGCUGACUCAGGAAGGUGUGUGUGUGUGUGUGUGUGUGUGUGUGUAUGUGUGUAUGUGUGCUGGUCCCCAAGCCUCUGGCUAGGAUAUUUUGAUGCAUUUGCUUGCUACCAUUUUAUGUUGCUUAAAUCUGCCAGCUCUCUGUUACCUCUGAAUAAGGAUGAGUUUGCUUUAACUUUAAGCUUUUCUCACUCCCUGCUGCCUUUGACACAAUCCUCACUACAAAUAGGGUGUUUUUUGUUUUGUUUUGUUUUGUUUGCUCGCAGGCAGAUUUAUUGCACUUUGACUUCAAGAGUUUAUUUAAGGCCUAUGCCUUUAAAAUGGUAGUUCCACCCACAGGCUGCCUUUAAAAAGGAAAAUCACUGUUGUGAGGUGGAGCUGAGGACCGCACUGCCAACAAAAUUAUAAGUAGUUGCUUCAGCUUGCUUGGGAACAUCUGGAGUUUGGAGGAUGAUAUAUAGUAGUAGGUCUCUGUAGCAAUUUUAGAGACGUUGAAAGCCAGAUUGAGUUACUGGUCUUAGCAGUUAUAUAGCUCCUAGGAUCUUAUGUCUAUGGAAAGGGAAUAAUCCUUCCUUUCUGCAGACUUGACGCUGCCACCCAGUGAAAUAUUUUUGUGAGCUUGUCUGUAAUUUGGUGAAUCUUUACUUAUCACCAGAGAUAAGUAAGCGGUUGUGACUAUUUUUUGAAAUCUAGCAUAGCACUAGGCAGCAACUUGCAAGAUAUCUUUUCCUGCAUAAAACCACAGAGAAUUGGAAUUCUUAAAGACGACUUGAGAAAAGUUGGUGAGUUGGAGCUGCUUGGGAUUUUAUAUCAUGUGUAUCUCAAACUGCAUACUUAAAUUGAGGUAGUAUAUCAACCCAUGAUUUGGAUAAAAAAAUUUAAAAGUAAGGUAAUGAUACUAUUUUAUUCAUUCUGCUUGCCCUGAUAAUUCAUACGGCAGUGCUGUUUAUAUCCUGUCAUGAAAGCAUAGCUAUCUCUUUGCAGGUGUUAAAUCUUUUCUGAAGUCCUAUCAAAUGCAACAGUUCUGUAUAACAUUAAGAUUAUAAUCUACCUUUUCUUGAAAUUCAUAGCUAGCCAUCACUAAUUUCACUAACUUCUGCUUAUUUUAAUAUUCUUAAUCUUAAACACAUUUAAGGCAUUUUGCAUUUGGGUAUGUUCUCUGAGAAAGAGCUUUAUAAACUGUGUGUUUCCAUGUAUCCAUCAGAAAAACUGAAUUGUAUUAUGAAUUGGUAUUUUAAGCUUCCAAGGACAUUUUGGUGAAAGUAAGAUUUUGUGCAGAAAAAAUACCUUCAUGUUUGACAUGGUAACCACAUCAGUCUGUUUCAUUAUAUUGUCGCAUGGAGCACUAAAGAGUACUUCUGAACUUUGAAGUGUGUACUCAACAUGAGAAUAGGAUUUAGAUCCAAGGUGUUCUGAAUCUGAGUAAUCUUGAGCUUAUCACCAUGUCUUAAAGCAAAUGUGGAAAACCUGGGUACCUUACAGAUGUUGGUACACUCUCAUGGGGGGUAGGACCAUAGUUCAGGAACCACUUUGUAUACAGAAAGUCCCAUAUCCAAUCCCUGGCAUCUCUAGAUAGAGCAGGGAAAGACUGUUGUCUGAAACCUGGAGAGCUACUGCGAGUCACUGUAGAGCCAGUUCUAAGCUAGAAGGACACAAUAGUCUGACUUAAGAACAUAAGAGUUGAUAUAAAAAUCUUCCUAUCAGCCUCAGCCACUGUGUCUGGGGAUGAGAUGGUGGGAGUUGUGGUCCAACAGCAUCUGGGGGCCACCACAUUUGUAUAAAUGUGAAUAAGACAAGUAUUGCAAAAGGACACCAUGAAUUUGCAGUGUGGAGGAGGUCCAAGCUAACCACUUCAGCGUUUGUCCCUGGACUUCCCACCCCAUAGAAAAGAGGGGGGGGGAAUAUCUAACUCUGGUUUUAGAAGUGAGGUAGUUGUUUUCUUGGAGAUAAACUCUGAACUGGUGAGUGAGACAAGAUGGGGCUUCCUGAAAGAAAUCGUUGGAAGAAAUCAGAACAUCCCAACACCAAAAGAAGGACCUGUAAGUAAACCUAUGCAGCAUGGAGUUGUUUCUUAAAGGAAGCCUAAGCAGCCUUCAGCUCUCCCAGAUGCAGCAGGUGCAGAAUUUAGAGACUUGAUGUAAAGAAGGCUUGCUGGAGGAUUAGCUGGAACUAGCCAAAGAGGCAGAUGAUUUUUUGAGAUUGGAUAGUUAAGCAAUAAGUUAACCCAAUAGGUUUUCAGUGUCUGGGAUCAGGUUCUUAUUAUUGGUAUAUCUCUAAGAAGGAUUAAUGUCAAAACCCCCAUGAGUUAUGGGGUCAAAGUCAACUUGAAAGUUUAAGUUACAAAGAUGCCGUGAAGAAAGAGGGAUUACUGACAGUUUGUCUAGCAGAUCAGUCCUGCUGGUGUGGCAUAAUAUACCUCAGUAAGUGACUUAUUCAAGGUUUAAAGUUUAGAUCUAUAGUUUUGCAUAGGGCACAUUAUAUUGGCCUGGGGCAAUUGGAGGAAUAAAGAAGAGUUCCCUGCAGAAUUGACUGUAGAUAUGAGGAGUUUUGUAGGUUUGGCAUAUAUAGAGAUGAUUGCAAUGAAAGACAGGAGACCCUAGGAACCUGUUCACUGAGAGAAGCUUCCUGUGAUCUUCGUGGAAAUAUGCCUAGAGAACUUUUGAGAAGCAGUAGAAAUUGCUACACAAAUUGAGUCUUUCUACAUAGCAUCUGGACCAAGAAAAAUACUGUUGAGUAAUAUCCAAAGUGCUGCCAAUUUGGUACGCUGGAAUUAGUUCACAGGUUAAAAUUACCGUAUUGGCCUGAAUAUAAGCCUCACUUUUCCCCCAAAUUCUGACCGUGAAAAGUUAAAGUGCGGCUUAAAUUCGUGACCUUACAAAAAUUGGCUUUUACGAUAUCGCUGCUGAAACAGACAUAUGGUAAAACAGAACGGGUGUGAAUGUCUGCGGAAUUUUAAGGGAGCGGCUUAUAUUCAGGUAUUGUCUUUUUUCCUCUCCCCCCCCCUUGAAUUCUAAAGGUGCAGCUCAUAUUAGGUGUGGCUUAUAUUUGGGCCAAUACGGUAGCUAUUGGUACUUUCUGACUUCAGUGAACUAAUUUGUAAGGAAUCAGGAAUACUAAUUUCGAAAAGGAGAUACACAACUGAAAGUUCAUCCAGAAACCACAAACUCCACCACUGUCAGGAGCUACUGCAUUCUGCCCUAGGUGGUGAACCACUGCAACCUUUUUCGUUAAAUGCCUUUUGGGCUCAUUACACGUACCCGAUCUUACCAUUGGAGCUUUCUGGGCAGGCUUCCUUUUCCAGUUGACCCUGCCUUGAGCUACAUGGUUUACCUGAGCUGUAACGUUUCUGUUCUUUCUCUUUGGUCCUGAUUCUUGCGGUGUUCUGCAAUUCUUGCCUUCUGAUCAUCUUGACUCCUGGCACAUAUUCCAGAUCCUGCUUCUAUAAUAGCCUCUAAGCUAUUAUAGUUCAUAUAAAAAGACAUCUGAACGUGAAACAUGGGCUGUGAACAUUUUACUCUGAAUCCAGAGUCUCCAACCGCUGACUAUUAGCCAAAAUCCAUAUUGAUCUCUGUCCUAUCACUUCUUUUGAAAUACUGCAUUUUGAUGUGUCCCCCUCCCCACCUAGCUUCAAUCUGAAUUGAGAAAAUGAAUGGCCUAGCUGCAUUUUAAGCUUGCAGUAUCCACGCCACUUGAGAAUACAUGAUCUGAUGGUGUCCACAAAUGUGCCAGAUUUUAAACAUCUGAUAAAAAAAUGCCACAAGUACAGGAAGUUAGCUCUUUGAAGCAUGUGCCAUUUAGUGGUUUUAAACCACUGUGGUUUGUGUGGGCACUGCUGCAAUUCACUGAACAUAGGACCUUUCUCCUUUGAACCAAUAUGGAAAUAAUUGUCUUUAAGAGCUUCCAAGAGACUCUGGCAUGCUUUCAGCUGCAGUUACAUAACUAUCCAGUAUUGUAACAGGCUUCAGCAUAACACAGGGACCGAGCAGUCUGGCCUUCUGUACCAAUUCUGAUAACCACUAUCAUAUGGUGAUUAAAAUGCUGAGCUUAAACCAGGGGAAAGUAGGUGCAGGCACCUAUUUGCACCAUGUUUGCUGCACAGUUAGCUUUCCCCCAGUUGCUUCUCUCAGCCUAGCAACGGGGGUUGUGAUAAAAUGGGGAGCAACUCUCAUAUAUAAGUUGCAUUGAGCUCCUUGGAAGCAGGGUGGGAUAUAAAUUUGGGGGUGGGGGGGAAUGAAUUACUUCCAAGGCCUUGGUAUCAUUCUUUCUACAAUGCCUCAUGGCGGUUGCUGUUCGAGCAAUUCAGUCUUGCUGUGGCUAACCUCUUUAAUCAUUUAUGUAAAGCAGGCCCUGCGUUUCUUUCUCCUUUUCAUCUUCCCUUACACCUUUUGAAGGAUAUUUUUGAAAUGAGAUUGCCUACACUGAGGGGCUCUCCUGCAAGUGCCUGUCACCCUUUAUCACUUUUAAUAUGUAGAAAUUGCUCAGAGGAAUUUCCAUCCAGCCUUCUCACGGUCCAUAGCAUUGUUGGUAUUAUUGCAAACAUCUGCUCAGAAGUAGGAGCUUUGAUCUGGGGCUGUUUGCUGAAUUCAAGCACGGCGAGGGACAAAGCUGAGUCGCUCACUUGGCCAUGUGUGGCAUGUUAGGAAAGUUGUGGUGUGUGCUGCCUAAUUCCAGGUCCGCUAAAGUCAGUGGCUGCUUGUGAAUGUCUGGAUUGCAGCCUACGACUGCCAUCAAAAGGACAUUUGUUCUAUUGAAAUCAAUGAUGUUUAAUUCCAGGUAAGAGCCUCUGGAGGCCACCUUGGUCAUACCUGUGCAUAUCAAUCAUAGUGGUGCUACUGUGUCUUUGCAACAUUUUUUCUUCUAUACAGUGGUACCUCGGGUUAAGUACUCAAUUCGUUCCGGAGGUCCGUUCUUAACUUGAAACUGUUCUUAACCUGAAGCACCACUUUAGCUAAACGGGGCCUCCCACUGCCGCCACGCCGCUACUGCACGAUUUCUGUUCUUAUCCUGAAGCAAAGUUCUUAACCUGAGGUACUAUUUCUGGGUUAGCGGAGUCUGUAACCUGAAGCAUAUGUAACCCGAGGUACCACUGUAUUUAUUACAGUAAUUUAUAUCCCACAGAAAACUACAGUGGUACCUCAGGUUACAUACGCUUCAGGUUACAGAUGCUUCAGGUUACAGACUCCGAUAACCCAGAAAUAGUACCUCGGGUUAAGAACUUUGCUUCAGGAUGAGAACAGAAAUUGUGUUCCGGUGGCGCUGCGGCAGCGGGAGGCCCCAUAAGCUAAAGUGGUGCUUCAGGUUAAGAACAGACCUCCAGAACGAAUUAAGUUCUUAACCCGAGGUACCACUGUACUCAAGGCAGGUCUCAAUUUUAAAAUAUGUACUGAAAAAAUGAAAAUAAAACAUUGUUAAAUAUAUUAAAAUUACAGGAAUUUAAAGACAUUAUGGAAGAGGUGGUAUUUAGUUUUUUAAAAAGCACGUUGGAAUAAAACUGUUGCUUUUGCAAAUUAUUAUACAGCAAUGCAAUCUUGAUGCAUGUGCCUCUCUUGCUCCUCACAAGGUCUUUGCAAUACCACACACUCAGGGUUUUUGUGCAGUGGCUGGAUUGUUUUGCGAGCUGCAGUGCCAUGCAGCAACUUUAAGCACUGCACCAACUGUUUGCCUUGUACUGCGUAAAAGCAAACACAUAGUUAAGAGAUCAUUUGCUUGGGUAAACUUCAGUUAUCACUGCAGCUUGUGGGGAAAUAAUGUCUAAAGUUUGGCUUCCUGUGGCUGCAUCCAGUACCCACUUGCUGCAUUGAACUCAAUGGAAGUUACUUCCAAGAAGGCAUGUAUAGCAUUGCAUAAGUUAGGAGAGCGUCCAUUAGACCAUAGAAUCAUAGAGUUGGAAGGGACUUUGAGGGCCAUCUCAUCCAACCUGCUUCAAUGCAGGAAAGUUUGGGGCUCAAACCCAUGAACCUGAGACUAAGAGUCUCAUGCUCUACCAACCGAGGAUAGGAUUUCUCUCCCCUCCCAACUUAUAGUUAUUCCUUGAUUGCUCUAGAAUUACUUCUUUAUUAAAGCCAGCCUACUAAUAACACAAAUACUGGUCAUCAGUACAACUGAUCACAGCAAUAUCCUUGAACGAUAUGCAACUGAUGCAUUUGAGAGACACAGAGAGUGUUUCUUUUCUAGCUCUCUUUAACAAUUCAGUUGAUGGUAUUGUGGCAUUUGCCUCCUAGGUGGGUCAUAAGGAAAGGGUUAAGUGAGUGUGAAGUGAUUGGCCAGUGGGAACCCAAGGGGAGCAGUUAGAGUUGGAGUUGUGUGGAAGUCAGUUGAGAGUUGGGAGUUGGAGAAGGAAGAGGGAGGAUAAGUCUGUGGGUUGGUCGAGUUGUGUUGUGAGUGAGUGAGAGGAACUGUUAGGUGGAGUCAGAUAGAUAGUUGGGAUAAUCAGUUUGAAGUUGUUAGGAACGAAUAGGUCAGUAAAGAAACAGUAAAGAAACUAAGAUUAAGAAACUGACAAGAAAAAUUAACUGAAACCUUAAACUUGUUCACGCUUAUAAAAAUAAACUUGAUUAUUUGUUAAUGUUAACAACUGUCUGGACUCCGUGUGUACCCAAGGGGAACGGGUUGGUGGCAGCGAAGAGGCAAUCACAGUGGUGGCACAGGGAUCAAUAGACCGUCAAACGUCCGGGGACCCUGUGUGAUCGCCACAGGUAUUAACUGGUGCAGGGCUUCACGGGCUAUACUAACGGAUGGAAGUAUCAACCUAUUCUAGACCUACUUUCCCCUCUAAGCAACUCUCUGGAAGUUGAGCAGGUGAUGUGCCUACACAAGAAGCCACCUGGAAACUCCUCAGCUCAUGUCUUGAGGUUCAUGAUGGAAGAAAGAUGGGAUGUAAAUUAAAGUGUCUGGAGCACUGGGCUGAGGAGAAGUAAGGCAGGGAUGUGGGAGAAAUGUGCUGUUUCUUUUUAACCCACUCCCCACAUCACAUUCCUGCUUCGUAUGUGAACUCAUGUCUACCAUUGUUCUACCAUGGUGUGUUUGUGACUUGGAGCCUCAUUUCUGAAGCUUUGCUAUUCAUCACUGCUUUUCGCUGUGGAUACUAUCCAAAGACAGUCAUGUACAUACUUGCUGCAGACAUUCAGGGCACACACAGCUGAAAACUAGUUCCAGCUUUUCUUAUGUAGCACUUGCUGGUUAAAACUUGACGCUCUCAGUUCAUAGAAUCAUAAAAUUGUAGAGUUGGAAGGGACCCUGAGGAACAUCUAGUCCAGCCCCCUGCAGUGCAGGAAUAUGCAGCUGUCCCAUACGGGGAUCAAACCUGCAACCAUGUUGUAACCAAGUGGGCCAUCCAGAGGAAUGUCAAUAAAAUGCCCUAAUCCAGAUACGGAGAUCUGUACAUGGCGGUAGGCUUCUGUGUAAUGCUUCCUGGAGCAGGAACUGCGUUGUGCAUCGGGAUGUGAACGCUGUCUGUCAGAACAGCUUUUGUUACCAGUGGAUACAUUAUCCUUGUCUUCGGACCAGGUGUAAACAACAUUUUCCUGUGUAUCUAUAAGCUUGAAAUGCAUAGCUCUAGUUGAUUGAACCGAUUAAACUAAUCAAAACUUGCUUGUUAGAUAUGCCAAGUCACCAAACUGGCUUUGUGGGUAUGUAUAUAACAUAUGCCCAGUUUCCACAGGGAAAGAAGCCAAAGUGACUUCGCCUUUCGUGUAUAAUGGGAAUGACUUAUACGAAUAGCAAAGCUCCCCCCCCCUUGUUUGGCAAAUAGGUGGGCACGCUCAGUGUCAUCCAAUCACCUGUGGCUGCUUUUCCUCCACCCCCUAUGAGCAAGCAGCUCCACACCACCUCCCUGUUUCUACUUUUAAGGCAGAUGUUUAAGUAAAACCAGUCUGAACCGUUUGCUGCCUACACUUACAGAUACAGAAAUCCAUAUAAUCUGAACAUUAUUGUUGGGUGAGUAAAGCUUGGGCUGAAAGUAAACCUGUAUCGAAGUAGAAGCUUUGCAGCUUGGAAAACAUUCGCUGAAAUGGUUUGUUGGCAGGAAUUAGCAGUUAAGCGUACAAACUAUAUUGGAAACUAUAUUGAAUGCAUAAAAGAAAGAUAGAAACGGGGUGUGGGGAGGAGGAUUUUAUUCCUCGGGGGAAUGUCUGAAACUCUGAUGGUGCUCUGCUUUUCUCAGUAAACACCUUAAGGAUUCCACUGCUGGAAGUUUGCAAAGAUACUUAUGUGCAGCAUAAAUGAAAACUGACAAAUAUUCUUGAAAAUGUUUUAGCAUAAUUGGGCAUCUGGGGCUGUCUUUUCUCCUUCUGCUGUAGCUUAAUGGGCAGCUGUUCUAGAGUGAUAAGGCUGGAUGGUGCAGGGAGGGGAACGCUUUGCUCUGGGAUUCCCAGUGUGGCACCUGAGGACACCAGGACAGCCUCUGGCACACACCCCACUCCCCUUGUGCCUGCCAAGGCCUGCUACUUCUCUCAAUUUUGCAUUUUAAAAAUUUAGGGGGGUUGGGCUUUUCUUUUGGGAGGUGGCCUGCUUUUUUGCCUGUGUUCCGUUUGUUUUCAGUGCGUGUUUUGUCUGGCAGGAUUCUGACAAUCACCAGUUUUUCUUCUGUGAAAUGGGUAUUUUGGGGUACCAAUGACAGUUUCUUAGAUUUCCUAAUGUGUCUCCAGAGCCCAAAAGGCUGGGAUCUCCAGGCUUAAGUUUCUAAAAACUUUUUUACAAGUUGCAACAUGCAUGCCGUUGCUAUCUUCCCUUCUUUUUCUUUUUUUAAAGUUAGAGGACAAGCCCUGGUGGCAAGUUUUUUACGAGUUGGUAUAUCAGAAAUGGCAAUCGUAUUAUCAGCAGAAGCUUGCAAUAGCAAUUGUAUUUACCUGCAAAAGUACUGCCUUUCAAAAGCUGCAAAAUGUGAUACCCUUCCACACCUGCUGUGUUCAGAACAGAUGUUCGAGUACCAGGCAUCAGAAAUAACUGAAUAUUUAUUGUGACUGUUGUCGUACUUUCAUAGGACGAGAGAGAAUUGCAGCUGCAGCCCUAUAAGAGAGGGCAACUCUGCUAUGAGCUAGGAAUAUCCUACUCUAGAUAGCUGAAUUAGCUAGAGCAUGGUGUUGAUAACACCAAGUUUGCAGGUUCAAUCCCCACAAGGUUUUCAACCUUUUGAGUCCACUGCUCCCUUAAUCAACUACAUUCCUUUUGCGGCACCCCUGUGGGGCUUAGGAGCCCAGUUAUGUCACCCCUUUCCGGCAGAGCUGGCAGCCCCUCACCCUUUUUUGAACACCCUCCCUUGCAGAGUCUUCCCUCUGCCUCCUCUCCUCUCCCCUCUCCUUGGGAGUCCUCUGUGCAGCUGCUGCUGCCCCCCUGGUCUCUGAGCUGUCCCCAAAAGAGGUGCCUCAUCGCACUGCCCCACAGGGGCCUGGGACUGUCCAUUCCCAACAGGAAGGGCUGGUGGAGUGGCUGGCUGGACUCCCUCGCCCGCUUGCUUGCUUACUCCAAGGCCACCUUAGCUCCUGGCAACCAGCAGCCCCCUGGCCAGCCUAGAGUCACCAUUCGCCUGGGGAGCCUGUAGCCAGGGCUGCUGCAACAGCUUUGCAAUCCUUUGGGAGGCAGAGACGCAAGAGGGCAUGGGGCAGGGGGAGAAAAAGGGACAGAGGCCAAUGUUGCCCACAGCACCCCUGACCAUCAUUCAAGGUGCCGGAGGGUGCUACCCACACUGGUUGAAAACCACUGCCAUUUGGGAUAGCUGCAUAUUCCUGCAAUGCAGGGGUUGGACUUGAUAAUCCUCAGGGUCCCUUCCAACAAGCCUAUGAUUCUAUGGUUGCAAGGGCUCUGUGGAUUAUGGAACAUAAAUUGUGUUUUUUAAAAACUUUUUAAAUUCAAAAUUAAAACAAAACAUAUUAUCCAGAAACAUAUCCUUAUUUCCCCCCACCCUCCCACACAAAACCCACCCACCCCCACCCCUGACUUCCCUCAGUUCCAGUCUUUGAUUUCUCUAAGAAUGCUGUUUUCUGCAUGUUACACAGUUGUAUAGAUCCUCAAACUAUUUAGCUGAUUAUUAUCAAUAAAAAGUUGGUGAAUGCUUAUUCAAAGCCAGCCAAGGAGUCCAGUUCGCUUUGUUGCGUCUUCACAUACUUUGUAAAGUACAUCUUUAAAGUCACAGUUAUCCUUGUCCCGCAGCUUAUAUGUCCCGUAGCUUAUACUUACCUGGCAGGGGAGACACCUUGAUCAUGGAACAUAAAUUGAAGGACGUUCGAGGGUAGAGCUGGUUUGGUUUUUUUAGUUUAGAUUGUGAAGGUUAGAGUAGAAACUCCUCUAUCAAGAUACAUUAGCAGGGGUGGGAAUGCAUAGACUGGUGAGAUUAAAUUUAUUGCAAGAGCAGAGGGAGCUCUCAUGUGGCAGAGGCUAGUGGGUGUUGCGAGCUUUGUGUAAUUUAGAUUGGGUGCCUUUGGAACAGCAAAGUAAAUGGUGCAAUAAAACCUGUCCACAGAAAGCAGGAAUAAUUAUCUGUUUAAAUGAAUGAGUAACUACUGACAUCCUAAUUUUUGUGCAAUAUGGUAUACUUUGGAAAAGAGGUAACAACUUGGAUUUUAAGUUGUUGGUAUUUAGUAAUAGUACAAGAAUGUGGUGAACAACAUCAGAGUAUACCACAGACAUAGGCAAUAGAAGGAUGUUCUUCUAUCAUCAAACCAGUUCAAUGGUUUUUAAUUUCAGUUCAUAAUGCUUUGCAACAGAUGUGGUUUGCUAAUAUAUAUAAAUUUACUGAUAGCACUUACAUAUUAUUUGGAUGGCUUUCAAACCAUAGAAUAUUAAAACAAAAUAAAAAAAAUUCCUUCCAGUAGCACCUUAGAGACUAACUAAGUUUGUUAUUUUGUUUCGACUUUGGCAGACCAACACGGCUACCUACCUGUAACAUAGAAUGUUAAAAUACAAUAAUGAUAACAGAAUAAAAAGAGUAAACAGAUAAUGGAUUAAAAAUUGAAUGUUGUUGCUUUUAUAUAAAAAAUCAACAGAAAGUUAAAUAGCAUAGUGACCUAGACAGUAUUACUGAUAUAAAAUUCAGAGUAUUCAUGAUUUCACAAUUUAAAAGUUUGAAUUGGUUUGGUUUUUUUUAAGUCUGUACCUGGUGCCUAAAAUGAAAUAAAGUUUAUUCUACACCUUGGGACAGGAGCGUAUUUUAGCAGCAAUUUGUGCAAAAUGAAUAGGUCUGUAGUCAGUGACUCUCUGCUGCAAUGUCAUGUCGGUGAGCAUUGCUGUGCUAUGCAGCUUUUUAUCUGGUGGAUGAAACUGUGUAAUUUUCAUGACAUAUAAACGGUGGGUGGCAUCUGAACAAGUCAUACAUUGACUAGACCUAUUGGAAAUGGGACUUCUACCAUCAUUGAUCUCAUUGGAUCUACUUUUGAGUUAGUCAGAUGCCACUCUAUGGCAAAUUUGGAGGAUUGCAAAAUGCAGUAAUCUCUCUCAUUUUUCAGGCUCCUUCAUCCAGAAUGAUAACCUGUGGACCAGCCUUCUCGUUCGCCCGGUGCCUCUUGCGGAGAAAAAUCGUCACUGUGGACAGCCUUGA